UGUGACGCAGAACUUUUCUGUCGUUCGAGAUGUGCCCUGGUGCUUGGCUCUUCUUGAAGUUUUGUGUAUAAAUAUUUGCCUGGUGAUUACUCAGCAAAAGCGGAUCUUCCCAAAAAUAAACACGAUGUUCCUUGUUUUGAACCAGUUUGCCGCAAUAAGGGAUUUGAUUGUUGAUUUAGCUUGUAAGUGACGAGUUCCCAGGUGGAGAGAGUAUUUCGUAGGGAGAUGGGUGACGAUCUGCAUCCCCCACACUCUGUACCAAGUGUGAAGGUGGUAAGGAGCUUGCACUGUGAGGGUUAACUGGGAGGGGCCCAGGGCUGGGCUCACUCCUCUCCGUGGGACCUGGGGCCCAGGACAGACAUGUUGAACCUGUCUGAGCCUAGGCUCCCUCGUGGGUCAUUACCUCACUGUGCUGCCCAGGAGGUCCCUGCGGUAGCACCUUUGUCCACCCAGGGCAGAAUUCCACGCAGACAACCAGCCCUGCCUUAAAGCACUCCGUGGGUGGGCAGCUUGUGGAGAAGUCAAAUUCCCCAAAUCAUGCUAAAUUGUUUCAUGUCUUUGUAUCGACAAACAUAUAUUUGCAUAUUUACAUAAAACAUACAAUUUGGUGAGCUUUGAUGUAUUAAUAUGAAUGCACCCAUGAAACUAUCACCAAUCAAGAUAAUUGAAAGUACCCAUCACCCCUAAAAGUUUUCUCCUGUGCCUUGGUAAUCAGCCUUCCUCACCCCUGCCCCAGGCAACCACUGAUCUGCUGUCCCUCAUUUAGAAUAAAUUGCAUUUUCUAGAAUUGUAUGUAAGUGAAAUCACAGUAUGUGCCCUUUUUUGUGUUUUUAGAUUCAUUCAGUGUGAUUAUUUCGAGGUUCAUCCAUGUGUCUAUGGUUGAUUUCUAUUGCUGAGUGGUAUAUUCCCUUGUGUGCCUUUACCACAAUUUGUUAAUUCAUUCAGCUGUUGGAUAAAUUCACCAGGUGCCACUAUUAAUUCACUUAUGCCCCACAGCAGUUUCAGGUGGAGGAGAGGGAGGAACUGGGCGGCCCAGCAGAGUGGUCUCACAGGGUGUGUGUCCCAUAGAAGUUGAGCAGUAGUUCCUGGUCCACCUGGUUGCAUUGGAGGCUGACAGGGUUAAGAGAGUGUUCACCUUUGUCCUGUGGAUAGUGCUGGUUAGGGGAGGUCACCUUUUCUCUCCAGACUUCUCUCUGCCAGGACGGGGAGGGAGUCGUUUUCCAGGCCUGUUGGAUUAUUGGUGCCUCAUGAAGUCAGUAAAUCUCUGUGGCUGUGUGACAACUUUGCCAGAGUGGCCCCAGUGCCACCCUCUGGCCUUGAGGGGCCUCACUGUUGGCUGCAUUGUUUGCACAUUUGCUUUUAAAAACUUGAUGUGGUUGAGAGCCCAGCCCAGGUGGCAGUGAUCCGUGGCGUCCACUAUCAGAAUUGCUGGGCCUGGCGCCUGCCCUCCACUCCCUGCCCAGUGCUCCUGUGGCCCUCCGCCCUGCCAUGGAAAGUGAGUCUUCCUGCCACGUGAUUCUUCCUGAGAUUUUGUUUGAGUUGAUUGUUGUGGCCUGAAACCGUAUUUUGCCUCUUAAGUCAUAUAAAGAAAUUUUUGGAAAGAAAAACUUACGGUGUGUGUUUUGCACACGCCUCAACCCAGUGCCUAAGAUAAACUGUUUGCUAGAGGAGCUGUUGGCAGAGCAGGCAGCUGCCCCUUGUCAGUUCAGGUGUUGUCCUUGCAGCGACCCUUUCUCAAGCAGCGUGGCCCCCGGUCCUCUCCUGAAGGCAGGCACCAGCCGACCCCAUGUCCAGGUGUGGGUUGUUUAACGUGACAGUGUGGGGACUUUACUGUGCAGUCUAUAACUGUCCCUUAUAGUUAGAUGUUCUGCUGCAUCACAGUGUUUCCUACACACCCUCCAGGCUGGGGCACAGCAGCCUCCGGCUGGUGAGGGUGAUAGGCUGGAGAUUUGCUCCACGAGCUCUAUCUUUUGAUCCACACAGUUUUUAUCACUAGUAUUAAUACUAACAUUUCUGUGUUCUGCUCUUGUGUGUGCGAGGGAGAAAGAAAUAAGAGCAAAAUAAACUGCAGUAUUUGCGCAGACACGCUCUGUGGAUAAAGAUGCUGCCAUUUUUAGCUGGCAGCACCAACGUGCACCAACUUGGAAAGUCCUUCAUCUGAGGAUGACAAAAGUCCUAUUUCAGUGUAUAAAGGUGCUUUUGGGGUGUUCAUGUGGCAUAUCCAGCAGCUGCAGCGGUCAGGACUGUGUGGACAGAUUGGGGAGGCCACCUGGGCUCUGCUCCAGCCACUCUCGACUCUCCUGUGGCCUCAGGCCUCAGAGGGCAUCAGUCCUUGCUUAGUCACCCAGAAACAAAAACUCCCAGGGCCCGAUUCUUCAGUGGAAAAAGCACAUCGUUUUCGUGUUUGCCUCGAACUGUUUUGUCUUUAUCAGCUGCCCGUGGUCAGGAAACACGUGGUUUCCACGAGGUGACAGCUGUGCGCACAGGAGCCUCACCAUGUCCCUGCCUCUCCCCUCUGGAGCUUGCGCUGCCCUGGGAGCAGGAGGCGCAGGGGCCGUCGUGGUCCAGGCUGGCUGGGGGAGGGGGUUGCCUUAAUCAUCUGCAGGUUCCCUAUAUCCCAGGAAUUUGGUUUAUCUGCCUCUCAAGGAGUUGUUUUUUCUUCAUCUGGUUUUCUAAGAGGUUAUCUGUUACUGUACCUCAGAUAGAAGAGUCUAGAACUGUGUAGUGUCACAUGUAAGCAGGAACAAAUUGGCCGGUCACGUACGAUAAGUGCAUACGGUUGUAGUGUCCGUGCAGACCACAGCGUGUGGCUGUGCGCUGUGAGUACUUGUUCUUAGAGACCCUGCUGCCGCGCUGAGCAGGCGCAUGGAAGGGCUCCGAGAUUCUGCAGGGCGGCUCCCAGCAUCCUGCGGGAGUUAGGCAGCGGCGCUUCGGGACAGGAUUUAGGAAUGAGGAUGGCUGGUCACAGGAUAAAUGGCCCUGUCGAGUGCCAACGGGGCAGUGGGUCCCCACCCAGGUUUGGAGCGUGAGAGAGACAAAAGACUGCUGAUGGCCUGGCAGGUGGCAUCUUGCUUGGGGUGUUAUCUUUUACCUCUGGGUGACCACCCACAAAAUGCAGCCAGGUGGGGUCUCCUGUUGGGGGGCCUGUCUGCCAAGCUAAUGGGAUGCCCCCAAGAUGUCUGGUUGUAGUACCUUUUUGCAGAAAAGACCGUUCCUAUGGUUAAUAGCACAGCCAAUGCCUGUGUUCCCUGCCAGCCGGCUAAAGUCGCGUUGCCCAGACUUGAGUGGUCUGCGUAUUUCUGUGUCUUUAUUUCACCUGCAUUGCUAUUUACUUAAUAUUUUUCUUUAACUUGACUCGUUUUUAAAUAUGGCUCUGUCUAAGGAAAUUUUGGCCCAGAGACACGGAGUUGAUUGGCUGGUUAUAUUUUUUUGCUAAUAAGAUGACGGUAAUCAAGGUGAAUGUAUAGCCAGUGAAACAAUGUGUUUUGGGAGGCGUGGCCCGUCUUGGCUGCCCCCAGACUUUGUCCUCACAGGCAGGGCCCAGCUGCCUCCCGAUGUUUGUCCUUUGCACACAGCCCCUCCCAUCCUGCCUGUGGCUCUGAGGUGCUUAGGUGCCAGCCAGGCCUCUCACUGCACUGUGCUCCUGUCCCUGUGCGGUUCGAGAGGCCGGCUUUCGUAGCUUCACAGGGCUGAAGGCCACACAGGCUGGUCCCAGCCCUAGGAAGGGAGGUGUGCAGCACAGGAGGGUGCAGACGGGGCACACAUCCCGGGGACAGAAGUGCAUGGGAUUCAGCAGGAGGGAAGAAGGUACAUGUCCCAGAGCAGACACGUCGAAGCCCGAGAGCUUAUGUACUCAGGGGCGUUGCUGUUCUUCAGUCAUGGCCAGCAAAACAGUGCUGCAGACUUGUCCAUGCUGGUCCUAGAGUCCCUGGAGAAGGCAGAGGUGGAAGUGACCAACGAGCUGCUGGAAAACCUGGCAAAAGUGUUCAGUCUGAUGGACCCCAAUUCCCCGGAGCGAGUGGCCUUUGUGUCCAGAGCCUUGAAGUGGUCCAGUGGGGGGUCCGGGAAGCUGGGCCACCCCCGGCUCCACCAGCUGCUGGCCCUCACCCUGUGGAAAGAGCAGAACUAUUGCGAAUCCCGGUACCACUUCCUGCACUCUGCUGACGGGGAGGGCUGUGCCCACAUGCUCGUGGAAUACUCCACCUCCAGGGGCUUCCGCAGCGAAGUGGACAUGUUCGUGGCCCAGGCCGUCCUACAGUUUCUGUGUUUAAAAAACAAAAGCAGCGCAUCGGUGGUCUUCACGACAUAUACACAGAAGCACCCGUCCAUUGAGGAUGGGCCUCCGUUCGUGGAGCCCCUGCUCAAUUUCAUCUGGUUUCUGCUCUUGGCCGUGGAUGGACGUAGGUCUGACGGCUUUCUUGUGCCCAGUGGCAAGCUGACGGUGUUCACGGUGCUGUGUGAGCAGUAUCAGCCGUCCCUCCGGAGGGACCCCAUGUACAACGAGUACCUGGACCGGAUCGGACAGCUUUUCUUCGGGGUGCCGCCCAAGCAGUCGUCCUCCUACGGGGGCCUGCUAGGGAACCUCCUCAGCAGCCUCAUGGGCUCCUCAGAGCAGGAGGAGGGCGAGGACAGCCCCGACGACAGCAGUCCCAUCGAGCUGGACUGACACUGCCCUGGCGACACGGAGACCCCACAGUCGACAGCUCAAGGGCUGGUUUCAGACGGAGUCCUGGAGUGUGGCUCCUCACACCCGCGGGCUCGGCUCUGAGGCUGGCGGUAGCUGCGUGUGCGGUGUCUGUCUUUAUUUAUGUGCGGUGGCUGAGGGUGGCGUGGCCUGUGGCUGUGGCCUGCCUGUCACUGUGUGGCUGGGGCCUGAGAACGAGGCCCUGGGCUUCUCCCGGCUGCCUGUUCCCCGGAGAUUGAUCCACAAUAAAGCACAGGCCUUGCUGCCGCCUCACCCUC